CCGCGAUGGGGAGACGGCACCAACACCCGGGAACUAAGGCCCCGGCCCCCGGCCCCGGCUAGCUGAGCGCGGAGGCGAGGAUCUGGGCGCCUGGAGGGGACGGGGCGAGGCCUCGGGACGAGGGUGCACACUCGGGGCCGGGCAAGGGGAAAGAAGGGUGCGUGAGGCUGUCCCCCUGGAGCAGGACUCGGAGCCGGGCUGUAGCGCAUACCUGGACAGUGGGAACGAGCGGCAGGUCCAGUUGUUUCUUCUCCAGCAUCCCUCCCCUGGCAGAGGCAGACAGCAAGGGUCUCCAGAGGAUGACAGGCUGGACAGAGUCCACCAGUCAGACAGGUGCAUAAUCCAGAGUCACCCUAAUGGAGAAGAUGGAAUGUUGUCCAACCACCCUGGAAAUUCCAAAGCCAGCCUGGGAACUACUCUGGCUUUGGGCUCAUUACUUGGAACCACUUGGCAGAGCUAGGAGCCCCCUGAGGCAGCUGCCUACCCAGAAAAAUGCUAGAGGCUGGGUGCGGCCCUAGGCCAGCCAACCUGUUUUUCCUGUUCCCUGCAGAGCUCCCAGCAGCCUGUCCUGGACUGUGCAUUCAUGAAUGAGGAACCUGAGCAGGCAUUGAGCAUCCUGACGGGCCAUGGCAGAGGCAGACCUGGAUUUCUGGAAUGACACCAGCAAUAGCACGUGGGAUGGGGAUGAGCUGGGCUACAGGUGUCGCUUCAAUGAGGACUUCAAGUAUGUGCUGCUGCCCGUGUCCUAUGGCGUGGUGUGCGUGCUGGGGUUGUGUCUGAAUGUCGUGGCGCUCUACAUCUUCUUGUGUCGCCUGAAGACCUGGAACGCCUCCACCACAUACAUGUUCCACCUGGCUGUGUCGGACUCACUCUAUGCAGCCUCCCUGCCGCUGCUGGUUUAUUACUACGCCCGGGGUGACCACUGGCCUUUCAGCACAGUGCUCUGCAAGUUGGUACGCUUCCUCUUCUACACCAACCUCUACUGCAGCAUCCUCUUCCUCACCUGUAUCAGUGUGCACCGGUGUCUGGGCGUCCUGCGCCCUCUGCAUUCCCUGCGCUGGGGCCGAGCCCGCUAUGCCCGCCGGGUGGCAGCGGUUGUGUGGGUGCUGGUCCUGGCCUGCCAGGCACCUGUGCUCUACUUUGUCACCACCAGCGUGCGUGGAGCCCGCAUCACCUGCCACGACACUUCAGCCCCUGAACUUUUCAGCCACUUUGUGGCCUACAGCUCUGUCAUGUUGGGCCUGCUCUUCGCCGUGCCCUUUGCCAUCAUCUUGGUGUGUUACGUGCUCAUGGCACGCCGGCUGCUCAAGCCAGCCUAUGGGACCACUGGUGGCCUGCCACGGGCCAAGCGCAAGUCGGUGCGCACCAUCGCCCUGGUGCUGGCCGUCUUCGCCCUCUGCUUCCUGCCUUUCCAUGUCACCCGCACCCUCUACUACUCCUUCCGCUCACUUGACCUCAGUUGCCACACCCUCAAUGCCAUCAACAUGGCCUACAAAAUCACCCGGCCCCUGGCCAGUGCCAACAGUUGUCUUGACCCUGUGCUCUACUUCCUGGCUGGGCAGAGGCUUGUCCGCUUUGCCCGGGAUGCCAAGCCACCGACAGACCCUACUCCUACUCCCCGGGCUCACCGCAGGCUGGGCUUGCACAGGUCUGGCAGAAAUGACACUAAGAGGAAAGAAGUAUCACUCAGUAGUGAUGACUCUAGGCGGACAGAGUCCACGCCCACUGGGAGUGAACUUACAAAGGACAUCCGACUCUAGGACCUGAGCCCCUCGGCCUUGUGCUAGUUUAUAUGAGAUAGCUGUAGGGGACCAGGGCUUGUUCAAGUGAGAGUUGGGGAAUCAGAUUCAUAGAAAGGCAAGCCUUGGGUCUAAUGCUACCUGAUACCCGCACAGGUGGCUGGCCGUUCCCACCACCGUAUCCAGGCUGGAGUUCAGCCUGAAGUGAAAUGGUGAAACAGAUUCAGAGAGGAAGGUGACUUAGCAAGAUCACUCAGUAGAGUGUGGGCCUGAGCUAGCUGGAUUGGGGGCGAAGUUACAGGGUAACCACGGGACCCUGGUAAGUGGUCAGGGCUGAGUUUGCACAGUGGUCUGAGAUGGGACUGGGUACCACAGUGAACUCAGCUCAGAGGAGUAUACCUGGCCCAGGAGAUGAACAUCUGGGGACUGAUGUUAUAAACCUGUUUGGAGGCUCCCUUGGGCUGGGAGAUAAUUUGAAGCUAUAACUUAUACUAAAGGUUGUGUUGCCUGCUGA